AACAGAGGGGGAGGCGGAGACUGGCGGAGCACGUGACCUGCAUCCCGGAAGCAACACACACUUUUGAUUUCGUGUCCAGCCUGCGUUUUGUUUGAUGUUUUUGUGUUUUGGAUCAAGACGAUGCUUCCAGCUGCUGCAGCUUUUCAUUUCCCCUGGGAAAUAAGCACCGGGUCGGUCCAGGAAGGAGGAUCAGUGAGGACGUUCGGCAGACUUGUCUGCUAUCAGCCUGAGGAGUCCAGAGCUACGCUGUCAGCUCAGCAUGCUUCCAAAGAGCACCAUGUGGUCGUCCACACAAUGUUUGUGGAGCCCUUUAACCCAAUAAUUGGAGCCCAGUACAUAGUUCUGGGUGAAACAGAAAAUUCUGAGGGGGUUGGCCACAUGGUCCGUGCCCGUGUGCUGAACUGUGUUGAUGGUGUCAACAUAGCACUGCUGCAGAAAGCCAUCAAUGAGCAAAGAAGCUUCUUCAGGGAGAGGGAGUGUGAGCAGGGUAAAGCAGAUGCAACCUGAUCAGGGUCUUCAGUCUGCAGGUUUCCCAGGGUGCUUGUUGAUCGUCAGGGCCACGGCUGUCAUAGAAGCUCCGGUGAAAUUCAAGACUGAUUGUUUAUGUGUAAAAGACAUGGGUUUACUUUUUGGCAGUUAAUAUGAAAACCUUGUUUAUGUCUGACCAUAACAAAUGUCUGCUCUUUCUCAGGAUGAAAACUGCAAAUUAAUGGUUUGAUAAUAGGAUUUACUGUUUGGUCAAAGACGAACCAAACAGAUAUUUUGGAUCUGUACUUUAAAAGUAUGAUGCAUUUUACUAAUGUCUCUGUCUUUAGAUUUAAAUAGUAAUAUAUUUUAAUAUAAUACACAUUUGUCAGUGCUUCAAUUUUUGUUAUGGUGUAUGGUACCAGUCAAAAACAUUGACUGUUAGAUAUGUCAUACUGUAUGUGGAUCAUGUAAUAAAGAUAAAAUCAAAACUUUGUAGAUUAAUUCAAAUUACUUUAAUAUUAGCAAAACAUAUAAAAUAUUUAAAAUAUCAAUACCAAACACUUGGCACUGAUCAGAGGGUUUAAAAGGUGUCUGUCAAGGUGAAAUAUCAGCUACAUUUAUGCAGCUUGGUGUAGUCUUGCUUGUAAUAUAAAAUUCGAAGAAUCUUUUUUCUCCCCUAUCGGAUUUGUUCUUUUCAUUUUCGAGUCUGAAGACAUGCUACUAAUAAAUCGAGAAGUCACUUGUA